AUGGACGAUUCAUUGAAGAUUUAUGUGAACAAGGUCAGCCAGCCAAGCUGUGCUGUUUUGGCCUUUUGUGACCUAAAUGGAAUCAAGUAUGAAAGAAUCGAGGUGGAUAUAUAUUCUGGAGGCUUGAUGACAGAGGAGUUCAGGAAGGUUAAUCCUCUCAUGCAGAUUCCGGUUAUCAUCGAUAAUGAAUAUAAUUUGACUGAAUGCCAUGCAAUUUUAAGAUACUUGCAUGCAACAAGAAAGUGUGAUGAUCAUUGGUAUCCUUCAGAUCCUGUUGAGCGUUCCAAAGUAGACCAACUUCUUGAUUGGCAUCAUACAAACCUAAGACAAGGCUGAUAUGGACAGCUAAAAAGGAAAAUAAUUAUGCCUUUGUUUGGAAUCGAGCCAAGAGAAGAGGAGAUCAAAGAUCUUCAAAAACUUCUACAUCUUUCUUUAAAAUUUAUGAACAAAAUAUUAGGAAUCAAUAAGUUCUUGACUGGAGAAAAUAUCACAAUUGCAGACCUCAGUCUUGGCUUUGAAGUUCAAUCAACUCCACUAGUUGAUGUAGACCUCGCUUCAAAAUAUCCUAAUGUUGCAAAAUGGAUGAACAGGUUGAAAGAAACCCCUGAGAUCAAUACUAUCAUGAAGGAUAUGGGAGUGGAGAAAAAUACUGAAAGAAUGAAGGCCAAGAUCUAA